AUGUCCAUUUCGAUUGUAGUAGGAGUCGAGAGUUUUUCUUUAGUCAAAGACACUAAUAGUAUUAUCGAUGUAACUAUCGACUGUGGGGCUAAUGAAGCAGCGAACAGUGCAGUAUUAAAUAUCCUGACAGACGUAGAUAUAUCGGCUAUUGCUAAAUGUAAAAAUGGUGAAAAGUCGUUUAUUACCACAGAUUCUGUACAUUACACUCUACCAGCAACCUUAACAACUCGUGAUAACCUCUGUGAGUUAAAUCAAAAAGAUGGGUCUGAUAAUUUUGAUAUUGAGGUAGAGGUACAUUACGGUGAAUUGGAUGGUUUGAUUCUGACCAAAACUAAACUGGUUACUGUAGUGUGUACUUAUUCUGAUCAUGGUAAAGAUGACAGUGGUCAACAUUCUAUAAGAGAUGGACCACAAGCAUACAUAGAAAAACAAUCUAUCGUUGGUGGAUCUGUUCCUAAAGCUGAAUUAUCUUUAAGUAUUCAAACAGUCGACGAUCAAGAUGCAGUUGGCUCGAUUGCUUUAGAUAGAAGAUAUUCCUUAUUCGGUUCUUAUACUGGUGCUCAGCAAAAUGUGGGAUUGAAACCAGUAAGUUGUGAUGCGAUUUCAGACGAUGGAGAACGUUACGCAGUAUUAGUAGCCGGAUGUGGUGAUGGGUUAAUAUUUGACCGAACAGAUGGUUUUGUAACAACUGGUAAAACAUUUAGAAGCCCCUAUUUCUUUGCAUUCCAUUUGGCCCACAGUGCAAAUUUGAAUUUUGAUUGUAAUGUAACCUUAUGUACUCCAAAUUGUGAAGGUACAUCUUGUGAAACUGUUUGUGGUCCUGUGACUUCGUUUGUCAUCCCAAAUAUUCAAUUAGAACAAUGUACUGGUAACAAUAAAUAUCAAGACACCUGUUCGUUUAUUUGUAAUGAUGGUUAUGAUAAAAGUGGUGUUGCUAUAUCUACUUGUGGUGCUGAUGGGAUUUGGACUGUACCUGACAUCGCAUGCCCACCUAAAGAUUGUGGAAAUCCUCCUCCAGGUACUGGAUCCACAGGAAUUGCAUCAAGUGGUACCACCUACACACAAACAGCGGAUUAUACUUGUAAUAAAGGAUAUGUAAUGCAAAGCGGUAAUUUACAGAUUAGCUGUCUAGUUACAGGGAAGUGGGAUAUAGCUAAUAUACUUGUUUGUGAAUUUAAAGAUUGUGGAGCUGUUUUACCAUCAGUGCCUUCUGCCAUGUCAUCGGGAACUGCAUCAAGUGGUACCACAUACAAAAGCUUAGCGGAUUAUACUUGUAAUACUGGAUAUGAAAGACAAAGUGGUAAUAUACAGCUCGAAUGUCUAGAUACAGGGAAGUGGGAUGUUGCUAAUAUACUUGUUUGUGAAGCGAAAGAUUGUGGAGAUCCUCCUCCUGGUACUGAAUCCACUGGAACUGCCUCAAGUGGUACUACAUACACAGAUACAGCGGAUUAUAUUUGUAAUGAAGGAUUUGUAAGACAAAGUGGUAAUUCACAGAUUGAGUGUCUUGAUACAGGGAAGUGGGAUAUAGCUAAUAUACUUGUUUGUGAACCUAAAGAUUGUGGAGUUCCUCCCCCUGGUACUGCAUCCACUGGUACGGCAUCUAGUGGCACCACAUACACAAAAACAGCAUCUUACUCCUGUAAUCCAAGAACUACACGUCUACGAGGUGCUGCAUUAAUUCAAUGUUUGGCGACUGGAAAUUGGGAUGUCUCUAAUCUAUUAUAUUGUCAAUGCGUUAGAAUACUUGAUGUAGUUUUUGUACUGGAUGGAUCGCCUUCAAUCGGAGCAAGAAAUUUCGAAGGUAUGGUAAACAAGUUAGCAGAUGCCAUGCCACGAUUCAAUAUAGGCGAAUCUGCGAUAAGAGUUGGUGUUGUAGUUUUUGAUUUUACUAUCGAAGCAGUAAUUCAAAUUACUGGUGACGCCGAAGCGUUGGCAUCGCAAAUUCGUGCUCUUAAAUUCCCAGACGAUGGCGGUACAUCUGCCGGAGUUGGCAUAACGAGAGCCCAAAGGAUGUUGAGUGAAAAUUCUCGAUUUGCAGCCCCGCAACAUAUUGUAUUAUUUGCUGAUGGAAACUCCAAUCCUGCUCCUUAUUCUGCAGCGACGUUGGCCAAAACUUCCGGAACGAUUAUCCACGCCAUAGGAAUUACCGAUGGCGCCGAUAUGAAUGAGCUGAGAAUUGUUGCUUCGGAUCCCUCUAAAGCUAAAUUUGCCGAGACGUGGAAUGUCAUGGAAGAUAUACUACAUGAGGUACUAGACGGUGUCUGUUAA